GACAUAGAAUAUAAAAUAUACUGAUCAUUUCUCAACGGUCAUCUCUCUUCUUGUCAUUUCUCUCCUUCUCUUCUUCCCUCUUGUCAAAAGCUUCAAGACUCCAUUUUUCUCUGUAUAUUCAUUUAAUUUACUAACUACUGACUAUUAUUCUCUCUCUGUAAGAUUGUAACACAAAAAAGAGGCAAAAAUGGCAAUGCAUUCAGUAAGAAACAUCAUCAACAAAUCUCUGUCUUCUUCUUCAAAGAAACAAUCAAAUUUCAAGUCUUCAUCACCUAUUUCAUCAAAAUCUCAAUCUUUUUACGAUGAAAACUCACCCCCAAUUGAUCCUAACAUUCAAGUAAUUAAACCCGAAUAUCCACAUUUUUCAAACCCUAAAAAAUCACCUUCAAAACUCUCAAUUUCACAUAGUAAAACUCUUGAAUUUCCUAAACCAAACCCAAUUGAUGAGCAUUCUACUGCUUCUGAUCCCCCAGUGAAGGUGGUGGUGAGAAUCAGACCCAAUACUGUUCCUGAGAGGAUGGGCGAUCCCACUAUCAGAAAGGCUUCGGAGACUUUGGCGUCGAUUGGUGAUCGGAAAUUUAGUUUUGAUUCAGUUUUUGAUUCGAAAUCUAAGCAAGAAGAUGUUUUUGAGUUAGUUGGUGUUCCUUUGGUCAAGGAUGCAUUGGCUGGUUAUAAUGCUUCAAUAUUGUCUUAUGGACAGACCGGAAGUGGCAAGACCUACACCAUGUGGGGACCUCCAAGUGCCAUGGUCGAGGGUCAUUCUCCGAGUGCACAACAAGGAAUUGUCCCACGGAUCUUCAAGAAGUUGUUCUCUGAUAUUGAGAAAGUAAAGGAGAAUUCAGAUAAACCGAUAAAUUACCAAUGUCGUUGCUCAUUUCUUGAGAUUUAUAAUGGCCAAGUUGGGGAUUUACUUGAUCCUGCUCAUCGAAAUUUGAAGAUAAAGGAUGAUGCCAAACAUGGGUUCUAUAUCGAGAAUCUGACUGAGGAGUAUUGUUCAAGCUUUGAUGAUGUUACUCAAAUUUUGAUUAAGGGGCUUUCUAGUCGAAAAGUUGGUGCGACAAGCAUGAAUUCUAAGAGUUCUAGAUCUCAUAUUGUUUUCACUUGUGUAAUUGAAUCCUGGUGCAAGGAAACCCCAUCAAAUAACUUCACCAGUUCAAAGACUAGCCGUAUCACUUUUGUAGAUCUUGCUGGACUGGGAAGAGAUAAGCAUGCCGAUGCCGGAAGAGAGUUUGAAAGGGAACGUAAAGAUUUGAAGAGUUCAUUAUCGCACCUUGGGCACCUGGUGAAUAUCCUAGCAGCAGGAACUCAACCUGAUGAUCUUAUGUAUAGAGAUUCUUGCCUGACACACUUACUACAACAAUCACUUGGGGGAAAUGCCAAACUUUCUGUAAUCUGCACCAUUUCUCCAGAUAUAAAAAACUAUGUUGAGACCCUUAGCACAUUGAGAUUUGGACAGCGAGUAAGAUCCAUUCGAAACAGGCCCGUCAUUAAUGAGAUAACAGAAGAAGAUAUGGAUGAUCUAACAGAUCAAAUCCGUCAGCUUAAGGACGAACUUAUUAGAGCAAAGCUUAAUGUUAACUCAGCUGGCUCGGAGAGCCCAUUAAGAGGAAGAAGUAUACGUGAAAGUGUUAAUCAACUGAGAAUCAGCCUAAACCGCUCCUUGGUGUUACCCUCGAUAGAUAAUGAAAUUGAAGAGCUUAUCCCUGCUGAUGAAAAUAAUGUCGCAGAAUUCCGCAAGCAUUUUGACAACAUGCACGAAUCAUGUGAAGAGAUUUCCAAGGAGCUGUCUUGUGACAGUGAUAGCAUGAACAUUUCCUCGGUAGGGGGAAGUUUUGAUAGCUGUUUCACUAGUGAAAACGAGAUUAAUAGUUUAUGUGAAUCAAUUGAAGUCUGUUCUGAUCAGGCAGCUAACUACACUGAUCCAGCUUCCAUAAGUAAUACGUCCAUUUCUUCAUCUCGUAAUUCUUCAGCCUUUGAAGAUCCACCCAUGUCCGAGUCACCAAAAAUUAGAAAUGUUCAUAGAAAAAGUACCGUUAAUUCUCUCAGUCUCUUGGCUGAGCGGGAGAGCUCCAAGUUCUGUGAAGAUGUGUCAGGAAACUCGGUAGGGCAAAGUGAACCUAUGCUGCGUUCCUCCUUACGAUCAAGUAAGAUGUAUUCAGGAUCCACAGAAUGUUUGGCUGCCAGCUUAAGAAGAGGCUUAGAGGUCAUCGAUUGUCAUCAGCAGAAUUUGUCCAAGUCUUCGGUUUCUUUCUCCUUUGAGCAUUUGAUGUUGAAACCAUCUCCAGCAGCUAAUGAAUCUUUUAACGCAAUAUCAGUUAGUAGGCAAUCUGUAAAUGGUUCACCGUCUUCCUUUAUCUGCAUAUCCUGCCGUCAGAAAGGGCAAAAUAACUCGAAUGAAGUCGAGGAUAGUCUUCAAACGUGGAUUUCACCUUCAAAGAAAGAGGGGACAGGAGUAGAUGCUACUCAAGCUAGUGAUGGGCAAAAGGACCUUGAGAAAGUUUGCAGUGAACAAGCAGCUAAAAUCGAAGAACUAAAUUGUCUGGUGGAGCAAUUGAAACAUGAGAAAGAGAAAUAUAAUAUCUCUCAAAAUAGCCAAGAGAUUGAAGACAAGAGCUGCCCUGAAGUAAUAAAGGAGGCAUGUGCAAUCGGGGACAAGCAUGAAUCCUUGGAUAUGAGAGAAAAGGAAGAACUUCUCAUGGAAAUCCAAAUGUUGAAGAGCAAGUUACAUUCUUAUACUACUGAUGCAACAGCUCCAAAUAGGUCUAUUGACAAGCUUAGAUCAUCAUUGUUGUCGCGUUCCAUGAAAAUGCGAAAAAGCAUGAGUUUAUCGUUCACCAAUGCUGAAGAAUUGGAGAAGGAGCGAGAGAGAUGGACCGAGAUGGAGAGCGAGUGGAUAAACUUGACGGAUGAACUGAGAUUAGACAUUGAAGCCCAUCGUCAGCGUGCUCAGCAGGCAGAAUCGGAAUUGCUACAACAGAAGAAGUACACAGAGGAGUUAGAUGAUGCCCUUAACAGAUCAGUGCUCGGCCACGCUAGGUUUGUCGAACACUAUGUGGAAUUACAGGAGAAGUUUGACCAUUUAUCGGAGUCUCACAGAAGAAUAAUGGAAACUGUAAGCGAUGUCAAGAUAGCAGCGGCAAAGGCAGGAGCUAAAGGUAGUGGUGCUCGUUAUGCCAAAGCUUUUGCAGCGGAGCUUUCAACAAUGAGGGCACAGGAGAAGAGAGAGCGAGAACGAUUGAGAAAAGAGAAUACAAGUCUUAAAUUACAGAUCAGGGAUACUGCCGAGGCUGUUCAGACAGCCGGUGAACUUCUUGUCAGAUUGAGAGAAGCUGAGGAAGCCGCUUCACUUGCUGAGUCUAGCCUUACAGAUCUUCAGCAAGAGAAUGAAAAGUUGAAGAAGCAAUUGGAGAAACAGAAGAACAAACAUAAGAUGGAAAUGGUAACUAUGAAACAAUACAUGGCUGAAAGUAAAUUGCCAGAAUCAGCAUUAAGAGCCAUGCAUUACGACGAGCCACUUCCUACUAGUACAUUUACAAGUCCAGAAGAUGAUGAUGCUUGGAAAGCCGAAUUCGGAGCUAUAUAUCAACAACACCAUUACUGAAGAUUGGAUACAUACAAGUAGAAUUGGGCAUAAUAUGAAAAUGCUUUAGGAGGACCCGACUUGGGUCAUUUAUAUUUCCUCUGUGCUAAGUACCAAGUAUAAAACAACCUCAUUCUUUGAUUAUUUGAAAAUUUUCUUAAGCUGAUUUGUAACAUUAAUAACAGUUGUGCAUGUUGGAUUCUAGUUUAGUGUGUUUUACAUGUUUAUUA